UGUACCGAUGCCCCUCAAGUUAUUGGUGCAGUCUGUGGUCUUCUGUGUGGCAAUGGAUACAAACUACAGCCUGGGGUGAAGACGGUCACGUGUUUGGAUAAUGCAACUUGGACAGCACCACCAUCAUGCAUAGAGAAGAAGUGCCUGGUUCCGCAACAUGUGACCAACGGACACCUCAGCUGUAGCACCACCUCUGUCAGGACGGGCACCUCCUGUAGCUUGUCCUGUGAGUCCGGGUUCGGGCCCAGCUUUGGUAUCAGAGAGAGGACCUGUCAGUCUGAUGAGACGUGGUCGGAGUCAAUCACCUGUGUAGACACAUCACCUCCCGCGAUCAUCAACUGUCCUCCCAGUCAGACUCAUUUCCUCAAAGCAAAUGAAACAAGCAUCAACAUCACGUGGUCAAAGGUCAAGGCUAUCGACUCACCAAAAGGAGACUUCGUGAAUGUGACCUUGACUUCCAGCUUGCGACCCGGAAGGGCUUAUCCAGCAGGGAACUAUACGGUGAAAUAUGAUGCCAGGGAUAAGUCAGGAAAUAAGGCCUAUCCAUGCUUCUUCACCGUGUCGAUAUCAACUUGUCCAAGCGGGUCCUAUCUUGAUGUGUCAAGGAACAAAUGUGUUCUGUGUCCUACUGGAACAUACCAGGAACAUGAACGACGUCUCACGUGUGUUCCAUGUCCUUCCGACUUUUCGACAGCGUCUGAAGGGUCAAAUUCCUCGUCCAGAUGUAGAGCCCAGUGUGUCCCUGGCAGCUUCUCCUCUGAUGGCGUGGAACCCUGCUCUCUGUGCCCCAUGGGAACAUACCAGACUCGGCCAGGAUCAAAACAGUGUGACGCAUGCCCAGUGGGGAUGGUGACGAAGACAACUGGGGAAAACGGACCUGGAUACUGCAUAUGUCCCCGAGGUAACUACGUGAUGGACUUCUUGCUUGUGAAGAAAUGUGCGCCUUGCCCCAAAGGAACCUACCAAGACCAAGAAAACAGUCACAAGUGCGUGUAUUGUCCCUGGGGUCUCUCAACAUCUGCAGGAGGCUCAGUCUCAAAGACGGAUUGCAGAGGUCCGUGUCUGCCCGGAAGUUCUUCCUCUGACGGCCUUCAGCCGUGUACUCCUUGUGCAAGGGGGUCGUAUCAAAGCUCACCGAAAAAAAAAAGCUGUGACCCUUGCCCUCAAGGUCACACAACCAAUGCUACGGGUGCUUUAAGGGCGACUGACUGCACAGUGACUGGUAUCUAAAUACAAUAAAUAUAUGGUGUUACAUGAAAUACAGAAUCAUACUCACACAACGUGGUGUUUUUAUUUUUUUUAUUUUUGGGGGGUGGAGGUGUGUGUGGAGGUGUGUGUGUGAAAAAAAUAAUUUGUCCCGACAAUACUUAAAAAAUAUAAUUGUGCUUCAUUUUGAUGGAAGAAAAUAAUAUAUGGUUUUGCAGCGACAUCUGCUAAAGAGCCGGUUUCACUACAAAAUCCAAAGCUCUCUCUCAACAUAUGGUAUAGCGU